CAUUUCGCAACGGCCCGUCUCAGCCGGCUGCACGGAACGAACAUGCCGGCUAUGUCCUUGAUUGGAAACACUUGUCUUGCGUCAACCGCCAAAAGCCUCAUUAGGGAUCGAUGGGCUGAGCUGAGCAUCCCAGUUUCGGAACCUAUCCACUAGCUAACCUCGCAGGGGGGGGCCAUGGCCGUCCUCAGCUAUAGAUGCAAUGUCACGUAAAAGCAACAAACACCCCGCCCGCGUGAUGCUGGUUGAUGCAGCCAUGGAGGGGCUGAGCGGCAAUGCGGCUCUGUUGAGGACCUCUGAAUUGUCUGUCGCGUUAAUUAUUCCCCUCUACUUGCUUGUAUGGUUCACCCGGUCUUCAAAGAAGCCUAGAUCUGCUGUUGGCUGUUGGCUCCCGACAUACAACCGUUCGAUUCAUUUUGCAAUAGACUAGACAGACCUGCUGCCAGACGACGAGCGAAAGCAUGGCCGAAGUGAAGCGUCAGCCGAGCUUGUCUCGCGAGGUGAUCACCACCAUUACAACGCAGAAAGACUGCAUCGUAAGUGAGAAAGCGACGGUAAAGGACACUGCAAUGGAGUCCUCGAAUGGAGAUCAGCCCGCUUCAGUGCCCAGGCGUUACGACCCGGACCUGCUGAUCGGAUAUGAAUCCGACAGCUCACUGACAAGUUGGAGCAGCUCAUCAUCACCACCAAUAAUAACGAGGAGGGCACAUCGUACCGCCGCCAGGCGCGCAGAUCGUGCCAAGAAACAGGCAGCCGGUAAAGCCGCAGAGCAGGACAGACUCCGCGAAGAAGAAACCAAGAAAUGGAUCUCGCGUCUGCGCAAGAGGCCCCCCGUCGUCGACUACAGGGAGGUCGACUACGAGCACUUCAAGAACCGCUACGGCCUGGACGACGGCCUGCACAUCAUCGAAGUUCUCCGCGCCAGCCCAACCACGCCGGACGACAUCGAGGCGGAGAGGAUACUGCGAAGCACGAUGGGCAGGAGCCCGGCGCAAGAGCACCCGACCAAGGUGAUGAAUCCCGGCGCGUCCUGGUCGCAGCGGAUCCGGAUCAAUUCCGACGUGGUGUUGGACCACCUGGCGACCUUCUCUGGACCCGGUGGCGAGUGGCUGCGAGACGGCCCAAGGACCUUCUUCCGGCCGUUUCGCUGCCUUUUAUACUAUCAGCCGCAGAUGCACAAGGCCUUGCGGGAUCUAGAGGAGAAGUGGGCCGAGCUUGAGCAGUUGGACGACAACUCCGGACAGGAGACGGAGGCCGUGGAGAAACAAGUUGAGCAGACGCGAGUGGGAGAAGACGAAAAGGGUGACGGCAGCGAUAGCGAGGGGGCCCGGGAGGAGGAGGAGACUGACUCGAACGCAGAAGGUCCCACGAGAGAAGAGGGCGUUGCUGCGCUGCGACACCUCCGCUGCUACGUCAACUUUGUCGAAAAACACCUCAAGCCGCUCGAGAACCUUUUCGACGGCACGUCGAGAACGAGGGUCCGGUUCAACGACCUCGACCUUUUGUUCAAGCCGGGUGAUCUGGUCUACUCGCCACACUGGCGAUCGACCAGCGUCAGAUCAGGACGCGACUACCAGUCACUCUGGAGGAUAUACCACGUAUCGAGGCCAUACUACGGUCGUUCGCAGCUCAACGACACCAGGCUCGACCUCGGAGGAGACGUCCUCCAGCUCUGCUCCUACAGCAUCGACUACAACGGCGAGUCCUUCGGGCCGGUCAAGGCAAAGCACAGGAUCAGCGCGUACGGGGGGGAAAAGGACAUCACGGACCUGCCCGUCUACCCGCUGCGCUUCGCCGACGGCGCCGACAGGAUCAGGGCGGAGCUGAAGAGGCAGGGCAGCUCGUUCCUGUCCUGCGUCACGCAGAACCACAUGUACUACGAAGGGUGGACGAUCCCCGUGCAGCGCAAAAGCAGCGGCGGCGAGAGCAACGAGGGCCCCGACGAUCCCCCGGAGCACAUCGACAGCGCCGUCAUCCUCGACUUUGUGGAGGCCUUCAAGCAUAACCCGGGCUGGAAGCCCAAGACCACCAAGAUCGGGACCCGGACGCAGUUCCACAGCAAGGGUCUCGACAAGUUCCAGCUCGCGCACUGGUCCGACAGAGACAGGGGCGAGCUGUGGUACUCGGCCAGCGAUCUUACGCAGAGACAAGACGGUGUCCACGUCCAUCGCAAGAAUGACUAUCUCAACGACCACGAUGCAUUCGUUCAAGCUACGCGCAGCGGGGCGUUGAAGCUUCUGGAGAAUGAAGAGGACAUCAUGCUCCUGCCUCGUCGGGUCGCGGUAUACGCACUCAGGGAGCGGCGCUUCCUUCAAGUCGACGUCCUGUCGCUGCACAAUCCAGCCGAGCAGCGGGCCUUGUUCAGGGACCUCAAGAUCAACCCAAGCCACAAGCGCAUGCUCAAGUCGCUGGUCGAAGCCCAUUUUCGGAACCGUCACAUACAGCGUCAGCACCCGCUGGUAAGGCUGAACCAGGAUAUCAUCCAGGGCAAGGGCUCCGGCUUGUUCAUCCUCCUGCAUGGAGUGCCCGGCGUGGGUAAGACGGCCACUGCCGAGGCCAUUGCCCAUGAGAAGAACCAGCCGCUGUUCCACAUAACCUGUGGCGACCUGGGUUUUACCCCGAAGGAGGUCGAGGGAGAGCUCAAAGAGAUCUUCCGCCUCGCCCAUCUCUGGGACUGCGUGUUGCUUCUCGACGAAGCCGACAUCUUCUUGGCGAGGCGGGACAUGACCAACCUCAAGCGCAACGCGCUCGUUUCCGUUUUCUUGCGGGUGCUCGAGUACUACAGCGGCAUUUUGUUCCUCACCACGAACCGAGUCGGGACCCUGGACGAAGCCUUCAAGUCUCGCAUUCACAUUAGCUUGUACUACGAGCGGUUGAACCUCAAACGCACCCUAGCCAUCUUCGAUGUCAACAUCCGUCACCUCAAAGAAAUCGAGGAGAAGAAGGAGAGGGAGCUGGCCGACAGCGACAUGAAGGAGCCGUCUCUGCAGAUCAAAAGGGACAGCAUCCUGCGUUUUGCAGAAUGGCACUACAAAAACACGUCCCAGUCUGUGAGGUGGAACGGGCGACAGAUUCGGAACGCCUUCCAGAUCGCGUCAUCGCUCGCCCGAUACGACGUCCACAAGAACGCGGCCGGGGACUUUGAUUCCAAGGCGAAGAAGCAGGGCGAGUCGAACAAGGGUGUCGGGGAAUCGGACCCAGAACCCGUCCUGGACGAGAGGCAUUUCGAACUGGUGUCCGAAGCCAUCGAGCGAUUUGACAAUUACUUCUUCCUUGCCACCGGCGAGAGGGACGAGGACACGGCGCGUAGAGAAAUGGUUCGCGAGGACCACGCCCGCCACGAGGACCUUCUCCAGGUCCGGCCAAAACGCGACCCUCCAUCUCCGCGUGCUACAUCCUGGAACCGAGACACGCCAAGUCGAAGCAAGUAUGAUGGCAAGGAAAACCGCAGCCCGAAAACGCCCAAAGGCAACUCCAGCCUGCUCAGCAGCUCGGGAAGAAGUGGUCGGAGCGGCGGCGCCCGUGGCAGAGACACACGUGAGUAUUCUUCUUCGUUUCAAGAACGAGACCACAGAGCCCCCUCCGUCGCGGGUUCGCGACGCGACGCCCGCUCGCACAAAUACAUGUCCGAGGAAGACGAGGACGAAGAGAAGGGCUAUUACUCGGACGAAUAUGCGGCUGCUCACUGGUAUGAGGGAGACCGAGGACACAAGACCUCAGCCCGUCGAAGUCGAGGUAACCGUGGCACGUAUGAGGAUGGAGAUGGAACGUACCGUGAGAAGCAUCGCCAUGAUCACGAUGACGACGACGAAGAUGACGACGAAGAUGACUGAAGUAGCGGCCCGGUUGGGGCGUAAAGGCAUGCCCUUUACUUGAGGUGUACGAGGAUUCUUGCAUAAAUAUGCGUGUCUUCGAGAGGUAGGGUUACACUGCACGGCCGUACGUACUACACUGGUGUCUUCGACAGCGGGUACAAGCCGAUGCCUUGGCGAUGCUUGACUUGGCAAAACUCCAAGGGGUGAAAAUAGAAGCA